AUGCCACGCGGACCUAUCGACGACCAAGAAGGCCGGAAGGUCUACAUCGCCUCUGCUGUGUGUGUGCCGGUUCUUGGCUGUGUUAUAUAUGGACUCGCCUCAGGCGGCAUCGAAGCCGACACAACUACGGAGGAACUAGAAAGCCUCUUUGGAAAGUACGGCACCAUCAGCACUGUCUGGGUUGCCCGCAACCCGCCUGGGUUCGCCUUUCUGACCUUCGACGACUACCGUGAUGCGAAAGACGCCGUCGCGGAGUUGGACGGCUACCGCUACCGAGGGAAGCCAAUUCGCGUAGAAAUUGCGCGUGGUCCUGGCGACAAGCGACCGCGACGCCGCUUCGUGGACGACGACAGACGCGACGGCAGAGGUCGCGAAGACUGGGGAUGGCGGGGACGAGACGAGGAGCGCCGAGGCAGAGACGAUUAUGACAGACGGCGCCGAGACGACGACGACCGAGGCGAGCGUGAAGGAAAAUACAGAAACUCUGAGGGCGACUACCGUUCCAGAGACGAAGAGUACAGCCGGCGGAGAGACAGAAGCCGAAGUCGCAGUGACGACAGAAGCCGGCGUUACGAGGACGAUGACGACAGUCGCAGAGAAAGGCGACGGGAUUACUACUGA